CUCUCGUCAGCUGAGGAGAAUGAUUCAUAGAGGAGGGUCAGGAGAGAAGAACAGCUCUGUCCGUGAAAGCCCAUUUAAAAGGCUGGACUCUUCUCCGAGGGAGAGAGAGGCAGGGGAGCAAGCAGGGUCUCGGGCCUGACCCCGUCCGCCAGGCCUCUACCGAGUACUGGGCCUUGUCAGAGGUGGCGGCUAGGCGCCGGUUGCUGGGGGACCGGUGACGUCGCGGGGUGAAAGUUGAGGGACGGUGACGUCGGGCCUGCCCGGGCGGAGGCUGGCGGGCUGGAGGCAGAGGGAGGGAGGGAAGGAGGGAAGGAAGGAAGCUGGGAAGAAGCGAGCGAGCGGGGGCGCGAGGCGUUUACCUGGAGGCAGCGGCUUGGGCGCGCAGAGCGGCCGCGGCUCCCCCGCACCUGCGGCCAUGGAUGAGGAGCGCGCCCUCUACAUCGUCCGGGCCGGCGAGGCGGGGGCUAUCGAGCGGGUCCUGAGGGAUUACAGCGAUAAGCAUAGGGCUACUUUCAAAUUUGAAUCAACAGAUGAAGAUAAAAGAAAGAAACUCUGUGAAGGCAUAUUUAAAGUCCUUUUAAAGGACAUCCCAACAACAUGUCAAGUGUCCUGCCUGGAAGUUCUCCGCAUUCUCUCCAGAGACAAAAAGGUUUUAGUUCCUGUAACAACCAAGGAAAAUAUGCAGAUACUGCUGCGACUAGCCAAGCUAAAUGAGUCGGAUGAUUCUUUGGAGAAGGUGUCAGAGUUCCCAGUUAUUGUGGAGUCAUUAAAAUGUCUUUGUAACAUAGUGUUCAACAGUCAGAUGGCACAGCAGCUCAGUCUGGAACUUAACCUUGCUGCAAAGCUCUGUAACCUCCUGAGAAAGUGCAAGGACCGAAAGUUUAUCAAUGACAUUAAGUGCUUUGACUUGCGCUUGCUCUUCGUCCUGUCACUUUUGCACACCGACAUCAGGUCACAAUUGCGCUAUGAGCUUCAAGGACUACCGCUGCUAACCCAGAUCUUGGAAAGUGCCUUUAGCAUCAAGUGGACCGAUGAAUAUGAAUCGGCCAUAGACCAUAAUGGACCUCCUCUCUCACCUCAGGAGACAGACUGUGCCAUUGAGGCCCUUAAAGCUCUCUUCAAUGUGACGGUAGACAGUUGGAAGGUGCAUAAAGAGAGUGAGUCUCAUCAGUUUCGUGUCAUGGCAGCUGUCCUUCGUCAUUGUUUACUAAUCGUAGGUCCAACUGAAGACAAAACAGAAGAGCUACACAGCAAUGCAGUCAACCUUUUAAGCAAUGUUCCGGUCUCUUGUCUGGACGUUCUCAUUUGUCCAUUAACCCAUGAAGAAACGGCCCAAGAAGCAACGACUUUAGAUGAACUGCCCAGUGAUAAAACAGCUGAGAAAGAAACAGUUUUGAAAAGCAAUACCAUGGUAUACAAUGGUAUGAAUAUGGAAGCCAUUCAUGUCUUACUCAAUUUUAUGGAGAAGAGAAUAGACAAGGGAAGCAGCUAUAGAGAGGGUCUCACUCCAGUUCUCAGCUUGUUAACAGAAUGUUCCCGAGCCCAUCGAAACAUCAGGAAAUUUCUCAAAGAUCAGGUUUUACCACCAUUGAGGGAUGUGACCAAUCGACCUGAAGUUGGCUCAACUGUGAGAAAUAAGCUGGUGCGCCUCAUGACACAUGUUGACCUGGGAGUCAAGCAAAUUGCUGCUGAAUUCCUUUUUGUCCUUUGCAAAGAGAGAGUGGAUAGUCUCCUGAAAUACACUGGCUAUGGGAAUGCUGCAGGACUGUUGGCGGCCAGGGGCCUCUUGGCUGGAGGAAGAGGAGAUAAUUGGUACUCAGAGGAUGAGGACACAGACACUGAAGAAUACAAAAAUGCAAAACCAAACAUUAAUCUUAUCACUGGUCAUUUAGAGGAACCAAUGCCAAACCCCAUAGAUGAAAUGACAGAAGAACAAAAAGAAUAUGAAGCCAUGAAACUUGUCAACAUGCUUGAUAAACUUUCCAGGAGAGCAGAUGUGAAGGACCUGCACCAGGAUGGUGGUUAGCAACAGUGGCCCGUGCCAAAGCACUUACCAAAGUGAUGACUAAGGUUGGUCAUGCCAAGUACUAUUACUGAGCCUGGUGUAGGGUACAGAUGUUAUUUACCACCAAAACUGUAAAAACCACCAAUACGAAAAUUUAAAUUACAUUUCCAUUUUGCCUCCAGGCUGGACAUAGCCACUCCCCCAAGUUGUGCACCACCUUAGCAACUUUAUCUAAGCUAGAUUUUUAAGGACACUGGAGAGAUCAGUGCUGAAACAUUUUCUUCCCAUUGAAUACCAACUGAUAGUGGUAUUCCAUGUGAUUUUUUUUUUUUUUUUUUAGUAUAAGGAUUCUGUUUGUGACAGAUGUAGGUAAGGGGAUUGGCAGUGGACCUGGAGGUCUUAAGAGUUUGAGAAUAAUCUGAACCCUAUAAAUCCCAUCAUGUCUAGCUAGUACAGUGCCUUGUACCCUGUGAUUUUCCCAGUGUGUUUGAUGAAAUGUCAAAGCUGAUCCCCAAAUCAAAGGUUAAUUUUUUUUGCUCAAUAAAAUAGCCUACAUGGUUUAAAGACUAUAAAGUAUACUUUUGUCAUUUCAAUUUCUUGGCCAGAUGUCAUAAAAUUCAGGUCUGGAAAGGAAUUCUGUAAGGUACUUUGGUCCAUGAGUGGCUAAUUUAAAUAAUGGGGUACCUAAUUUCUUUAAUAUAGAAUGAUAAUUGUAAUAUUUAUCAGACAUAAGCAUUAAGAGGCAUGGAGAUUAUAGAAAGCUUCAUUGACAUUUUUAAUGUGAGAACAGAGGUGGGAAAGAGGAUGAAACUGGCCUGCCUCUCCACCUCUUCUUUCCUAUUUUGAACUGGAAAAAAUAUAAGUCCCUGCAACUUAAGUGGGAGAUUAGAAUUCGGAUUGUAUGUGGUUAAGCAAGUCCAGUGUGGCUAAUACAAUUGCAUUCACCUUAGCUACAGCGCACCAUUUGCAUAUUACAGCACAGCCUCCUCCAGAAGAAGGGAGAGAGGAUUGACUGGCUUAAGCCUAAACUAACCAAGGGAAGUAAUAUUUCAAGUUUCAAGUUUUGCUGUGACUUUUCUAAUCCCCCUUAGUUUCUUAAUUGGAACAGGACUGACUAAUCUUCUACUGUACACUUACCCCAUCACUGUUUAACAAGGUACAUUGCCUUUUUGCUUAUAAAUUAUAUCAAAAUCUUCUAAAAUUUACAUCUAUAUAAAUAAUUGUUUUCCAUUUCUUCCCUUUCUUAUCUACUCCUUGUCCAAUAUAUUUUUGCCAGCCAUUGUGUAGUAUUGGUGGGACAUGGCUUUCUUAAUAAAUGAAAGUACCAAAUAUAGAAAUAGUUCCCCUUUAAUCUCCAAAUAUUAUUUUUAAGCUUAUUAAAGCUGGGACAGGUAAUUUAUGACUGAAAGUAAUAACUAUAUAAUUUCUUCCUUAUAACUAAAUUUCUUGACUCUGCUUAUAAAAAUAACAACUGUGAUUACUCCCACCUUGAUGAGUUAAUCAAGGAAAUGCUUUGUAGGUACAUUUCAGAAAUACGAUUCAGUUUUUAUAGCAUUGUAAGAUCUAUUGUGGGUACGAAAGUGCAAUGAUCUUAAUUGCUUACAUCAGAAAAUCCUUUAGAUCUGCACUGUCCAAUAUGGUAACCACUAGUCAUAUAUGACUAUGGCUAGUCUGAAUUGGGAUGUCUUCUAAGUGUUAAAAUACUCAGACAUUCAAAGACUCAGUACAAAAAGAGAAUAUAAAAUACCUCAAUUGUUUAUUAUGAAUUUAUGUUGAAAUAAUAUUUUUGAUAUAUUGGGUUAAGCAAAUUAUUUUAAAACUAAUCUUACUUAUCUUUUCUCACUUUUUCAAUGUGGCUACUAGAACAUUUAAGAUUGCAUAUGUAUGGCUUACAUUAUGUUUCUGUUAGACAGCACUGUUCUAUCUCAUUAAAAAUAAACUGUGAGUUUUCUUAGAAGCUUAAUUAAAGGAACUUGGAUCCAGUUAAACUAAUAUACCCUUACAGUGGUAAGGGAGAAAUAUGAUAUUGUUCAUCUUUAGGUUAAAGAGGGCCUUUCCACUGGCUGGACACCUCUAAGUAGGAUGUCAUGCAAUCUUUGUGUUGCUUAUUAGUAGUCAUUGUCCCUUAACUCUGUAGUAGGAAUGCCUACUUUGAGCUCUUGAUUUAAGCGCUAGCCAAAAUAGUGGCUUUUGUUUAUUAGAGAAACAUCAAAUAAGAAUAAUCUCCAUUGACUACUUGCUCUUAGUCACCCUCCUCCUUUCUAAUUGAGAAGAGCAUGUCAGAACUUCCAUUUCUACUGCUUUAUUCAACACUGUCAGUUGGCAUGCUGACCUCUUACUAAUAUUUAUUUUGCUAAUUUUGGACAACAGGAUAGAAAGGUCUGUAGAGAAAUUGCCAAGAAAUAAAGAUCAUCUUCACUUAAGGGUAAAACUCAGUUUUGUUUUUCUAACACUAUCCCUAACCUCUUUCUCUAUAUUUUCUUAACCAUACUCUUUAAUGUGAGGUGGAUAGCACAUUUUUAGAAGCUUUGCAUGUGAUCUUCUAACAGAAAUGAGAAUAAUAAAAGACUAAUAUUUUAUAUAUUGCUUUUAAGUUUGAAAACAGCCUUGUGAAUUAGAUAGGGUAAGAGAUAUUUUAUUGAGGCGUAAAUGGGACCAGUGAUUAAGUAUCUAAACCAAGAUCAGUCAUCUUGUUAAUGACAUAGUCAGGAUUUUGUUCUUAGACUUCAGACUCCAAAUCUUGAGUGUUAUUUUUAAAAAUUACCAACAUUCAGCUCUCAAAUUUGUCAGUCUGAUUAUCUUUAGUAAGAUGCUCUAAAUUUUAAAUAGAUUCAAAGGACAAAGACAGAUAGUAAGCCUAUUUACCUGAGAAGAAAAUUAAGAUUUGGAGGCCAUUCCUGCUUUUUCAUUCCAUAAUUGAGCUUUUCUCAAACAUCAAGUCGGGUCCUAAGCAGCUUAUAUCAAAAACAAAAACAGCUUCAUAUGAAGGAAACCAGUAAAACUGCUACGAUUCUAUGUUACUAUAAAAUAUUUUAAUUAUUUUGAAAAGAGAAUAUUCUGACAGAUUCUUAUAUUCAGUGUGAUCAUAUGAAGAAAAUUAACUUUAGAAAGACUUCCCUAUUUAUAAGGCUGUUGCCUGUUUAUUCAACUCCCGAAGUGGAAGGACAUGCAUGGUGUGGACAAUGUGCCAUAUCCAUUUCUCUUGGGAAUGAUAUUUUUAUGUUAUGUAGUUUAACUUCCCAACUGUACCCAAUCCCAAAGCAUGACGGUGAGGCUGAGGGAAGGGUCUCAGAAAUGUUUUUGAAAAAUGGAGCUUGAAGACCCCAGAUUUGGUACAGAAAAGCCACUACACCUCUCCUACCUAUUGGUUAGUGGCUUAGUAAAAGAUGAGUGUAACUUUAGCACUAGGAAGCCAUCAGAUGGAAGAUUAUACUGAAAGAUGAAGGAUCAGCAAAGGACAUGCUCUGAUGGUAUAUAACUGAACAUUUAACUAGUGCCGAAAGUUGUAUUAAUUUCUUGAGGACAAAGCACUUAAAACACUUCAGAAUAUCACAAGUUUUGAGGAAAUCCAUUGUACUUCAGUAGAUUAUGGACUAUUCCGUUGAUGCUGAAGUAUUGAAAUAAGAUGCACUCUCAGAAUUAUAGCAAAGAUUACAGAGCUUCCUUCUCGGGGCUUUCACAGGCUCCGUUACAGCAGGCAUUUUUGGAAAAGCUCUGUUAAUUAAAAUGCUUUAUUUAUAUACUAAUUUUCAUCCCAUCUUCCAAAUGUGAAAGGGAAUUAAAUACAAAAUGGCUAAUUUUAAAUGUCAGGGUUCUUUUUUUCCAAGCCAACCUUACAUUAAGAACAGGAAUCCCUGUGCCAAAGAAAUGGUUCCCAAUUAUCCCAUCCUGGGUUUUGUUAUACAUUGUACAGAAGUCAA